CGCUUUGCCUUUGAUCGCCCACGGACGGUCCGGGGACCGGUGGCGAAGGCUCGGAGGGCCCAGGUGGGCUCUGCUUCAGCGCCAUUGAAGGCGCCGCCGGCUCCUCCCUCCCGCGGACGUCUUUUGGGGAGGGGAGGAGGGAGGCAGCGUUGCAGUUUGCAGCAAUGGUAGAGGCAGCGAAGGAGGCGGGAGGCAGCUCUGGCGAGAAGGAGGGGAUGAUCUCGUUGUCGCCGCCGCCGCCGCCACCGCCUCGGUCCCGGGAGAUCGCCGCCCAGCGCUAGUGGAGAAGCCGCCAAUAUUGCGACCAAGUCUUUCCCCUUCUUCAGCCCCAUCGCCAUGUCGACCAAAGCGGAGCAGUUUGCUUCCAAGAUCCGGUACUUGCAAGAAUACCAUAAUCGUGUCCUUCACAACAUUUAUCCUGUCCCCUCUGGAACUGACAUUGCAAACACACUGAAAUACUUUUCUCAAACAUUACUAAGCAUUUUGUCCCGCACAGGGAAGAAGGAGAAUCAAGAUGCCUCCAAUUUGACAGUGCCCAUGACCAUGUGUCUUUUUCCUGUGCCAUUCCCACUCACCCCAUCUCUAAGACCACAGGUCAGUUCCAUCAACCCUACUGUUACUCGCUCCCUCCUUUACAGCGUCCUGCGAGAUGCUCCCACUGAACGCGGCCAGCAAAGUCGUGAUGCACAGUUAUCAGACUACCCAUCAUUGGACUAUCAAGGACUCUACGUGACAUUGGUGACUCUGCUGGAUCUAGUACCUUUGCUACAACAUGGGCAACAUGAUCUGGGCCAGUCAAUUUUUUACACAACCACUUGUUUGUUACCUUUUCUCAAUGAUGACAUUUUGAGUACUUUACCGUACACAAUGAUCUCCACAUUGGCCACGUUCCCGCCAUUUCUGCACAAAGAUAUCAUAGAGUAUCUCAGCACAUCUUUCUUGCCCAUGGCUAUAUUGGGCUCUUCGCGAAGAGAAGGGGUACCUGCUCAUGUUAAUCUUUCUGCAUCUUCUAUGCUAAUGAUUGCAAUGCAGUAUACAUCCAACCCUGUGUACCACUGUCAGUUACUGGAAUGCCUUAUGAAGUACAAACAAGAAGUAUGGAAAGACUUGCUUUAUGUAAUAGCAUAUGGCCCCUCUCAAGUAAAACCACCUGCAGUACAAAUGCUUUUCCACUACUGGCCCAACCUAAAACCUCCAGGGGCAAUAAGUGAAUAUCGAGGCCUGCAAUACACAGCAUGGAAUCCCAUACACUGUCAGCACAUUGAAUGCCAUAAUGCCAUUAACAAGCCAGCAGUAAAGAUGUGCAUCGAUCCUUCCUUAUCUGUGGCUCUGGGUGAUAAACCACCACCCCUCUACCUUUGUGAAGAAUGCAGCCAGAGGAUUGCGGGGGAUCACAGUGAAUGGCUGAUUGAUGUUCUUUUACCACAAGCUGAAAUUUCUGCUAUAUGCCAAAAAAAGAACUGCAGCUCACAUGUUAGAAGGGCUGUGGUCACAUGUUUCUCUGCUGGCUGCUGUGGUCGCCAUGGGAACAGGCCAGUGCGCUACUGCAAACGAUGCCACUCAAACCAUCAUAGCAGUGAAGUUGGAGCAACGGCUGAGACUCAUCUCUACCAGACAUCACCACCUCCGAUCAAUACUCGUGAGUGUGGUGCCGAGGAGCUAGUGUGUACUGUUGAAGCUGUCAUCAGCUUGUUGAAAGAGGCUGAAUUCCAUGCUGAACAAAGAGAGUAUGAACUCAACCGUAGGAGGCAGUUGGGUUUGUCCUCGUCACAUCACUCUCUGGAUAACACAGACUUUGAUAACAAAGAUGAUGACAAGCAUGACCAGCGUCUUCUGAGUCAAUUUGGAAUCUGGUUCUUGGUAAGCCUCUGUACUCCUAGUGAGAACACCCCCACAGAGAGUUUAGCACGGCUUGUCAGCAUGGUCUUCCAGUGGUUCCACUCCACUGCAUACAUGAUGGAUGAUGAAGUGGGGAGCCUUGUGGAGAAACUCAAACCCCAAUUUGUCACCAAGUGGCUGAAGACAGUGUGUGAUGUUCGGUUUGAUGUCAUGGUGAUGUGUCUACUUCCUAAGCCAAUGGAGUUUGCAAGGGUGGGUGGAUACUGGGACAAAUCCUGUAGCACCGUCACACAGUUAAAGGAAGGCCUGAAUCGGAUCCUGUGCUUGAUUCCAUACAAUGUGAUAAACCAGUCUGUGUGGGACUGUAUUAUGCCAGAGUGGCUGGAAGCCAUCAGGACUGAAGUCCCAGAUAAUCAACUGAAGGAGUUCAGGGAAGUAUUAAGCAAAAUGUUUGAUAUUGAGCUGUGCCCACUCCCUUUUUCCAUGGAGGAGAUGUUUGGUUUCAUCAGCUGUCGGUUCACAGGUUACCCUUCAUCUGUACAAGAACAAGCAUUACUCUGGCUCCAUGUGUUAUCUGAAUUAGAUAUUGUGGUUCCUCUUCAAUUGCUAAUCAGUAUGUUUUCAGAUGGUGUUAAUUCUGUGAAAGAGCUGGCGAAUCAGAGGAAGUCAAGAGUCAGUGAGUUGACUGGGAAUCUUGCAGCCCGAAGGGUGAGCAUUGCCUCUGAUCCAGGACGCAGAAUGCAGCAUAAUACACUAAGUCCAUUCCCAAGUCCAUUUCAAAGUCCGUUUCGCAGCCCAAUGCGCAGCCCUUUUCGUAGCCCUUUUAAGAACUUUAGUCAUCCAGGAGGAGGAGGAGGAGGAAGGGCCAUUGAUUUCGACUGUGAUGAUGAUGAAAUGAACUUGAAUUGCUUCAUCCUGAUGUUUGAUCUCAUCUUGAAGCAGAUGGAACUGCAAGAUGAUGGCAUUACCUUAGGUUUAGAGAACAGCAUCUCCAAAGACAUCAUUUCGAUCAUCAGCAAUGUGUUCCAGGCCCCCUGGGGUGGUUCCCACACCUGCCAAAAAGACGAGAAAGCCGUUGAAUGUAAUUUGUGUCAGUCGAGUAUCUUGUGCUACCAGUUGGCUUGUGAGCUGUUGGAGAGGCUGGCUCCCAAAGAAGAAAUCAGGCUUGUGGAACCAACAGACAAUUUGGAAGACAGCCUUCUGUAUUCCAGACCUGAGUUCAUUAUAGGAACUGAAGGGGAAGCAGAGAACAAAUCAGCACCUAAGCAUGGAGAAAACCCAGGAAAUCACACAGAGACAACAGAAAAUACAGCUGCCAUAAAAAAUGACACUGAGAGAAAAUUCUGCUACCAGCAACUCCCGGUGACACUGAAACUCAUCUAUACAAUAUUGCAGGAAAUGGCACGAUUUGAAGAGCCAGAUAUUCUGUUUAAUAUGCUGAACUGCUUGAAGAUUCUCUGUCUUCACGGGGAAUGUUUAUACAUUGCAAGAAAAGAUCAUCCUCAAUUUUUAGCUCACAUUCAGGAUCACAUGCUAAUUGCCAGUUUAUGGAGAGUUGUGAAGUCUGAGUUCUCCCAGCUUUCUUCACUGGCAGUACCCCUUCUUCUUCAUGCUCUGUCGCUUCCACAUGGAGCUGAUAUUUUCUGGACAAUCAUCAAUAGCAACUUCAAUAGCAAAGACUGGAAGGUCAGAUUUGAAGCAGUUGAGAAAGUAGCUGUGCUGUGCAGGUUCCUGGACAUUCAUUCUGUGACCAAAAACCACUUGCUGAAAUACUCCUUGGCACAUGCCUUUUGCUGCUUUCUGACAGCCGUGGAGGAUGUGAAUCCAGCUGUUGCCACAAGAGCAGGGCUCUUAUUGGAUACCAUAAAGAGGCCAGCUUUGCAGGGUUUAUGCCUUUGCCUUGAUUUCCAGUUUGAUACAGUUGUCAAGGACAGACCUACAAUCCUUAGCAAGCUCUUGCUGCUUCAUUUUCUCAAGCAAGACAUUCCAGCUUUGAGCUGGGAAUUCUUUGUGAAUCGAUUUGAGACUCUGUCUCUUGAAGCACAGCUUCACCUGGACUGCAACAAGGAAUUCCCUUUCCCAACUACAAUCACAGCUGUCCGGACGAACGUUGCCAACUUAAGCGAUACGGCAAUGUGGAAGAUCAAGAGGGCCCGCUUUGCUCGGAACCGGCAGAAGAGUGUGCGCUCAUUGAGGGACAGCGUCAAAGGCCCAGUGGAAUCCAAGAGGGCACUUUCUCUCCCAGAAACCCUGACCACCAAAAUCCCAGCAAGGCUGACAAGACAUGAACAGUCAGCUCCAGCUCUGGGUGGGACACCAGAACAAACACAAGCAGGGCAGCCAUCUCCAGAGAAUGAUAACACAAUAAAGGACCUUCUUCCAGAAGAUGCUGGCAUUGAUCAUCAGACUGUCCACCAACUCAUUACUGUGUUGAUGAAAUUUAUGGCAAAGGAUGAGAGCAGUGCUGAGUCGGACAUCAGCAGUGCCAAAGCUUUCAAUACUGUGAAGCGGCACUUAUACGUCUUGCUGGGUUAUGACCAACAGGAAGGAUGCUUCAUGAUUGCACCUCAGAAAAUGCGUGUUUCGACAUGCUUUAAUGCUUUUAUUGCAGGGAUUGCCCAGGUGAUGGAUUAUAAUAUUAACUUGGGGAAACACCUCCUCCCUUUAGUGGCUCAGGUGCUGAAGUACUGCUCAUGCCCCCAGCUCAGACAUUAUUUCCAGCAACCACCCCGCUGUUCCCUCUGGUCUCUUAAGCCUCAUAUUCGCCAGAUGUGGCUGAAGGCACUACUUGUCAUCCUGUAUAAGUAUCCUUAUAGAGACUGUGAGGUCAGCAAAGCUGUGUUGCAUCUCAUCCAUAUAACAAUCAACACCCUCAACGCCCAGUAUCAUAGCUGCAAACCUCAUGCCUCAGCGGGCCCUUUGUAUAGUGACAACAGCAAUGUAAGCAGAUACAGCGAAAAGGAAAAAGCGGAAGAAGAUAGUGUCUUUGAUGAAUCUGACAUUCAUGAUACACCCACUGGUACAACCAACAAUAAAGAGUCACAGACCUUCUUUGCAAGACUGAAAAGAAUAGGAGGCAGCAAAAUGGUGAAAUACCAGCCAGUUGAGAUGAAUGCUCAGAGAAGUGAAAUCGAGCUGGCUGAGUACAGAGAAACGGGCAUAUUGCAGGAUAAUAUUCUUCACUGUGUGAGAGAAGAAAGCUUUCAGAAAAAGAAACUGCGCUCUCUCAAACAAAAAUCUCUUGAUAUUGGAAAUGCAGAUUCCUUGCUGUUUACGUUAGAUGAACACCGUCGCAAGUCGUGUAUAGACCGCUGCGACUUAGAGAAGCCAUCUGCUACUACUGCCUACACCACUCUGAGGCAGAAUGAUUAUGGACAACCUCAGCAGAAUUCCUCCACCAAGGCAGAAGAUGGAAAUAAAGAACAGAAGGAGAAUCCCCCAGCUGUACCAGAAAAAAACUUAACUAGACGAAGGCCUAUCAUACCAGAAGUCAGGUUAAGCUGCAUGGAGCCGUUUGAAGUGAAAAUAGAUUCACCUGCGAAAUCUCCUCCCAAGGAAGACUUAGAUCUAAUAGAUCUGUCUUCUGACUCAACAUCAGGGCCUGAAAAGCAAUCAGUUGUUUCCAAUUCAGACAGUGACUCAUUGGUCUUUGAGCCCCUCCCUCCCCUCCGAAUUGUUGAGAGUGAUGAGGAAGAAACAGAUGUCACAGAUCAACUGAAUGAGGGUGUCUCUGGGAAGACCGCUACCUCGUCUCCAUCAAGUCCCACUCAUGCCUCUGUGUUGAGCCUCAGCAUAACCCCUCUUGUACAGCUGAGCAUUGAAGAUUGCUCCAAAGAUGUAACUCCUCCAGCAAGUGAUAUUGUCUCAGUUGCUCAGGAGGCAGUAUCUUCAGCUACCAAGGAUGGUCAGAAAGAUAUUGACGAGCUAACUAAGCCAAAAGAAGUUAAAGAGACAUCCUUGGGCAGCCCCCUGACACUAAAACAGAAACGGGAUCUGCUGCAGAAGUCAUUUGCUCUUCCAGAGAUGUCCAUUGAUGAUAGCUCAGAGUUAUCCAUUGAAGAAAUUAAACCUCUAGGACCUUCUCCUAGUUCCAGUGGGAAAACAGUCUUCAUUAAGGUCCCUGAGGACUCUGAGGACCAAACUGAGAGCGAUAAGCCUGAUGCCAGUGCUGAGUCUGAUACAGAACAAAAACAAGAGGAAGAAGAGUCAGAAUUUAAAAUCCAAAUCGUUCCUCGACAAAGGAAACAAAGGAAGAUUGCAGUGAGCGCCAUCCAGAGGGAAUACCUUGACAUUUCCUUCAACAUCUUAGACAAGCUGGGUGAACAGAAAGAGACAGAUGCAUCAGAUAAAGUACUUUCAAUGCUGGAAAUGUCAAGGGAAUCAUCUUCUGCUCCCACCCUCGAGGCAGGUGUGCCAGAGAUGAGCAGUCACUCUUCCAUAUCCAAUCAGUUCCGACAGAUGAAAAGGGGUUCCUUGGGAGCACUGACCAUGAACCAACUCAUGAAGAGGCAACUGGAACACCAGUCAAGUGCUCCUCACAACAUUAGCACUUGGGAUACUGAACAAAUGCAGCAUGGGAAGAGGCCGUGCAAUGUCUCAGUUUGCCUAAACCCUGACCUGGAGGGACCACCACUAAGAAUCAGAGGUGCCACAAAAUCCAGCUUGCUAUCAGCACCCAGCAUUGUCAGCAUGUUUGUACCAGCACCAGAAGAUUUCAUUGAUGACCAGCCUACCAUGAUGACUGACAAGUGUCAUGACUGUGGAGCCAUCCUGGAAGAGUACGAUGAAGAAACAUUAGGUCUGGCCAUAGUGGUUCUCUCCACAUUUAUUCACCUCAGCCCAGAUCUGGCUGCUCCUUUGUUGCUAGAUAUCAUGCAGUCUGUAGGAAGGUUGGCUUCAAGUACCAAUUUUUCCAAUCAAGCCGAAAGUAUGAUGAUCCCAGGGAAUGCUGCUGGAGUGGCCAAGCAGUUUCUCCGUUGUGUUUUCCACCAACUGGCUCCCAAUGGUAUAUUUCCCCAGCUGUUUCAGAGCAACAUCAAAGAUGGAAGUUUUUUACGGACCUUGGCCACAUCCCUUAUGGAUUUUAAUGAACUGAGCUCCAUAGCUGCCUUGAGCCAGCUCCUAGAGGGCUUAAACAACAAAAAGAAUUUGCCAGCAGGGGGCGCAAUGUUACGCUGUUUGGAGAACAUUGCUACCUUUAUGGAAGCUUUGCCGAUGGAUUCCCCAAGCAACCUCUGGACCACCAUCAGCAACCAGUUCCAGACUUUCUUUACGAAAUUGCCUUGCGUUUUGCCACUUAAGUGUUCUUUAGAUUCCGGUUUAAGGAUAAUGAUCGGUUUGCUCAAGAUACCUACCAGCAGUGCUGCCAGGAGUCUCUUGGAGCCAUUUUCAAAAUUGCUGAGCUUCAUCAUUCAGAACGCUGUCUUCACCCUGGCCUAUUUGGUAGAACUCUGUGGCUUAUGUCACAGAGCUUUCACUAAGGAAAGAGAUAAGUUCUACUUAACCCGCAGUGUCAUCUUAGAAUUACUACAGGCCCUGAAGUUGAAAUCACCUUUGCCAGAUACAAACCUGCUGCUCCUGGUCCAGUUUGUUUGUGCAGAUGCUGGAACAAAACUAGCUGAAUCAAUGAUCUUGCACAAGCAGAUGAUUACGUCCCUCCCUGGUUGUGCAACGGCAGCAAUGGAAUGUAUGAGACAAUACAUUGGAGAGGUUUUGGAUUUUAUUGCUGAUAUGCAUACUUUGACCAAGCUGAAGAGUCACAUGAAAACAUGUUCCCAGCCCCUGCAUGAAGAUACUUUUGGUGGGCACUUGAAGGUUGGCUUAGCUCAGAUCGCUGCUAUGGAAAUCUCGCGUGGUAAUCACAGGGAUAACAAGGCUGUGGUGCGUUAUUUGCCUUGGCUAUAUCAUCCUCCAUCUGCAAUGCAACAAGGACCCAAAGAAUUCAUUGAAUGUGUAUCUCACAUCCGGCUGCUCUCGUGGCUCCUUCUGGGGUCCUUGACACAUAAUGUUGUCUGUCCAAAUUCUCCUUUAGUCUGUAUGCCCAUUCCACUGGAUGCAGGCUCUCAUGUUGCUGAUCAUCUAAUUGUGAUCCUGAUUGGAUUUCCAGAACAGUCCAAGACCUCCGUCUUGCACAUGUGUUCCCUUUUCCAUGCCUUUAUCUUUGCUCAGCUGUGGACAGUAUAUUGCGAACAAGCAGCAGUGGCUCCCACAGUCCAGAACCAAAAUGAAUUUAGCUUCACAGCGAUCCUCACCGCCCUGGAGUUCUGGAGCCGCGUGACGCCGAGCAUUCUCCAGCUAAUGGCACAUAACAAGGUGAUGGUGGAGAUGGUGUGUCUCCAUGUGAUCAGCUUAAUGGAGGCUUUGCAGGAAUGUAAUUCCACUAUAUUUGUCAAGCUCAUCCCAAUGUGGCUCCCAAUGAUUCAGUCGAAUCUAAAGCACUUAUCUGCUGGCCUGCAGCUCCGCCUCCAAGCCAUCCAGAACAAUGUAAACCACCAUAGCCUUAGAAUGUUACAGGGAUCCGUCCAGAUGAACACAAACUCCUCCGUUCUCCGCAAAUGGCUUCAGUGCACCCAGUUCAAAAUGGCUCAAGUGGAAAUCCAGUCAUCAGAAGCAGCAUCUCAGUUUUAUCCUUUAUGACCCAAGAAGGAUGUUCUAGGAAUUUAUGUUUGGUCUAGCAAUAAUAGGGCUAAAGCUAUAAGACAAAAGGCCAUCUUUAAAAAGUAGAUAAUAGUACUGUAGCUACACAUUCCUGUUGUUUUCUUGUAGGCAUAUAGAAAUAGGGGGGAACAGGUUAAUAGAGAAUGGCCUGGCUGUGCCCACCUAUCAGUGCAAGUGUGUUGUCGCUGUGGCACAUGAAAUUGUAUGACGAGGCUGAUCUCGCAAAUGGCGUUCGCUAAUUUAGGCCUGAGCUAAUUUGUGUAGCAAGAUGUUUAAAUAGACAUGUUUCCAAAUGUUUCCCUUUUUAUUUACAAGGAAAAGCCUUCUCCCUUCUUAUUUUUUUUAUAGAUUUACAUACCACAGUUGCGUGUUUUCACAGAUGCCUCUGAGUGUUCUUUGAUGCCGCUCUUUUUACACAUUAACAAAAUAAGCAGGGUUUUCGAUAUCUUCUAAAUACUUUGUUGUUUGAUCUCGUUUUGAAACUCAGACUCGGAAAUGCAAUAACGCUUGCCACAAUGAGUAAUGAAGAGUUUUCUGCAGGGUUUUCUUUUUGUUUCCAAAUGAUCACAUUACAGAGGGUGGCUGGCUGGCUGGCUGGCUGAGGGAUUAUAAUUUUUCCAAGCCCUGGAUAGAAGCCAAUGACUUUCAAGCGAGCCUGCACCUUUGGGUGGAUUGUUUGGCCCUUGAAUCAGGAUCCGUAGCUUCAGGAGGAACCAUGUAAAGUGCCAGGAGACCAAAGAAAGUGAGAGGGACUCCUGUCUGCCCUGGAAUCUCUAUAUUUAUUGACACACAUUCCAUUGGCAGGGCUGGGAAGAAGAAUUUCUUAUUACCUUUGAGGAGAUACAUUAAUCAUAGCCUGCCUUUCCACCAUGGGAGAUAAGGCAGUUUAACCUUGUUCUCUUUCUCCCUCAUUUUAUCCUCAGAACUACCUUGUAAGAAAGGUCAGGCUAAGUGAGAGUGAUGGGUUCAAGAUUACCCUCAGGAGUUUCCAGACUCCAUGGGGACUGAAACCUGCAUCUCCUGUGUCUCAUUCUAGCACGCUAACCACUACACUAUACCGGAUAGUAGAAUUAGUGCUGGCAUUUUGCCUAAGGAACUGAAUACAGAGGAAGCCAAUCCCCCCGGACUACGAAGUGCACUUAGGAAUUAGGUGGUUCAACUGUGUCUGUUCACUUGUCUCUUUACUUUAAGAACUGUUAAGUUAAAUACUUGUAACUGUGUUUUGUUGCUGAUAAUUUUCCUGCGGCCCUUAAACUAAGUAACCCAGUGUACAGGACAAUCUGUAUAGUACAACCUGUAUUUUAUUUUCUUCAACAAUUGUACACAGUAAGAUUCAAACUAAGCCCCAUUCCUGUGGCCAUUGGGGAGAUCACAAAUGCUACAGGCUUCCGUAGGGAAAAGGCUUGGCGUUGUAGAUUUGCAAAUAGUACAUAAAAUUGUAGAAACACUGCAUAGAAAGUGAUGUUAAAUAUUUUUAAAAAAUGAAUUUUAAUAACAUUGAGAAAGACUGAUCCACUGAACUGUACAGAAAAGCCACCUGUUUCUUUGCAGGAGACUUGGACUGGAACAGUUAAACUCCUUGUAAUUAAGAUUUAACCUUUUCUAAAAUAUAUACAAACAUAAUUGAGAUUUACUGUAUUUAUUGCAUAAAUCCUUUGAAUAAAGGAGUAAAAACUGAAGCUUUGUAUUGAAAUACUGUAAAAUGCAUAACUCUUUACUACUGUAUUUAAUGAUACUUGGUUAUUAUUUUACUUCAAAUAA